AUUUUAUUUAGCCCGCCACCGCUAGCUUCCAAUGUGUACAGUGUAUUCCCAUCGCUACUUUAUCUUGAAUAGUAAUGAAUUUUAUAGCUUUUUACAAGUGAUUUCAUUUUUAUUUUAUAAUAUAUGAUAUAUGACAAUUUUUGAAGAAUUUAGAGUUAUCCUUUGUGUUUGUUAGUGCACUUUAGGACCAUCAAACUUUUCCCCAAAGUAAUGUAUGUGUAAUGUCGCCAUUUUGACCAUACGAUUUGAGUAAACCUCAAAUGGUUAAGGUACUACAAGGCACAGCUAAUCAAGCCCUUGCUCAAAUAAAAGUGAAUUCUUAUCCAGUGAAAUUAAUUAAAAUAUCCACAUCUACAGAAGGGAAACCACAGAAAUCAGUCCACCAAGCUGUUGCACUGAAGAAUAUUAAGUAUCCACCAAAAUUAGUACAGUUUCCUAUUGAAGUACAAACACAGUCACCAAAAUCUGAAGCCAGCCCAGUAAGCAGAAGUGAACAUCAACGACAUACUGAAUUAAAAUACAUUCACCCUGUACCAGUACAAACAGCACAAAAUUUAUCAAAUUGUGAAGUAGUGAGUGAACAAAAAGAUUUGUCGUCUUUUACUAUGUCUCAUGCCUCUAGAAGAAGGCAUGAUUCGGAUAAUGAUCCUCCUGCAGAGUAUACCACGAAAAGACGCAAACACGCCGAUAAAGUUGGAAAAGGUUUAAGACACUUUUCUAUGAAAGUAUGUGAAAAAGUCAGAACUAAGGGCUUCACAUCAUACAACGAAGUGGCUGAUGAGUUAGUCCUAGAAUUUGCAGCUGGCAUGCAUGGUUCAGCAGAUAGUCAACACUAUGACCAAAAAAACAUAAGGCGAAGAGUAUAUGAUGCAUUAAAUGUGUUAAUGGCAAUGAAUAUAAUAUCAAAAGAAAAAAAAGAAAUUAGGUGGCUUGGUUUACCUACAAAUUCAGUACAAGAAUGUACAUCUUUAGAAAAAGAGAAACAGUUGAAACUUGAGCAGAUUCAAAAGAAGACACAACAACUACAAGAGCUUAUUUUACAGCAUAUAUCAUUUAAAAGUCUAAUACAAAGAAACAAGGAUGCAGAGAACAGGGGUGUAAAGCCAUCACCUUCAUCUGCAAUACAUCUACCAUUUAUAGUAGUAAAUACUAGUGACAAAGCCUUGAUCGACUGUAGUAUUUCUAAUGAUAAGACAGAGUAUAUGUUUAAUUUCAACAAGAAAUUUCAAAUUUAUGAUGACAUUGACAUAUUAAAAAGAAUGGGCCUUUUAUUUGGAUUGGACAAGGGAGAGUGCUCAGAAGAAGAUAUUGAAAGAGCUAAGAAUAUGGUACCAAAAGCAUUGGAACAUUAUGUAGAACAAAUGGGCAGAGGUGUUAUAUCUAAAUUAUCAAGUAUAAUUGAAGAAGAAAUGGAGGAUCCUGUAGAAGAAGAGACAUUAGAAGGCGAAGGGGAGCCUGAGGACGACGUAGAGGAACCUGACUGCAACGAAUACAGCGAAGACAGUAGUGACGUCGACGUCUAGCAAACACAUUUCGCGCUAGACCGCGAUUUCACUAUUUUAUGUAUAUUAUAUAGGUGUUAAAGUUAUUAUAUGUGGUAAACUUAUGAAAUGUGUCAUACCAUACAGGGGCAAAAAAUUUGCAGCCAUCAAAUUGUGCUUCAUUAAAUUACACAAUAACUACUAGUUACUGGCUUCUAUUCGCCACUCUGCUCAUGUGACAAUUAUUGACUGAGACAAAAAGUAACCUGUACAUAUGCAUUUGGGAUAAAGGUACCCAUUCACAAAUAUUAUGUAUGUGCUGAAUUUUUUGGAAUUGGACAUGAGUACAAUCUUUUAAUAUACCAAACUCGCUAUUCAAUUACAGUAAUAAUUAGAAGCUAUUUUAUUUCAUGCAAAAACAAUAAAGUUAUUGUUUAUAAAACCACUUUAAGGUUUUUGCAUAAUAUGAUGAGACAAAUUAAAAUGAUAAUUUGGACUACAGGAGAUACAUGUACUC